GAUCUCUUCCUCUCAAACCAAAACCACUAUCGGACCCGGGAAGCCACCAAUAACUGUGCAACAUUUGGGGCAUUUCUUUCCUUUUUAAAUUACCGUAUACAUUCACUAGCGGAGGCUAUACCGGCCGGGGCAAACACACAACCGUGACUGCAGGCAACCUCUGCUGAUGCAAAGAAACACCAGUAGUGAGUAAACAUUUGUGAGCGUGCUGUGAAGACAUUUUUUUCCGGAUGCUUGUGUGUGUGUUUUAAUGUCAAAGGGAAGCGAGCCGUGUCGCUGGGUGUCCUUGCACAGCGGGGGUACGUGCUAAGUAACGGAUGUGGACGUAAACAUGCAAUAGGUGACAGUAGCAACCAGGUACUACGCACCAGCGCUCCCCGCGGACCUCCUCGCUGAACUUUAGCCGCUACGGCAGCACUGACGCGCAACGGAGACCGGAUUUCUGCUCAUGGCUGCCCUGGGAGAAGUUGGAGGCUACCUUCAUCAAGGCAUCGAUGGGGUUGGACACGUCGGGUCUCAUUUCCUGCUCAACCCUCUCGGAGGGGACGGUCCGGCGCUGCUGGCGGAGCACCACCUCAUACCUGGCGAGAGGCUCUCCCGCAGCACCGCGGCGGAUUUAACCCACCUGAAGGGGAUCCUCAGGAGGAGACAGUUGUAUUGUAGGACUGGCUUUCAUCUCGAGAUACACCCGGGUGGUAUUGUGCAAGGGACAAGGAAAGACCACAGUCGCUUUGGUAUUCUGGAAUUCAUAAGCUUGGCGGUGGGCUUGAUAAGCAUUAAAGGGGUGGACAGCGGUCUCUACCUUGGGAUGAAUGACAAGGGGGAGCUGUAUGGCUCUGAGAAGCUGACGGCGGAGUGCGUUUUCCGGGAGCAGUUCGAGGAGAACUGGUACAACACGUACUCGUCCAACCUCUACAAGCACGGCGAGAAAGGCGCCCGCUACUUCGUGGCGCUCAACAAAGAUGGCACGUCGAGGGACGGCACCAAAUCGCGGCGACACCAGAAGUUCACCCACUUCCUGCCGCGGCCCGUCGACCCGGAUCGCGUCCCCGAGCUCUACAAGGACAUCCUGGGCCAGAGCUGAUCCCACGGGGCACCGGCAGCAGCGUGUUCCGGGUCGAGGCAUGGCCGCCAUGGGGUCAAA